AUGACAAUAACGCAGAGUAGUUUUUCCAUAGAAGAUGGAAAGUAUGAUGAUGAUGGUCGCAUGAAACGAACAGGAACAUGGUUCACUUCGAGUGCACACAUAGUGACGGCUGUAAUAGGGUCUGGAGUGUUGUCGCUGGCAUGGGCCGUUGCUCAGUUGGGAUGGAUCGGAGGGACUAUUGUUCUCAUACUCUUUUCCCUUGUCACUCUCUUCACUUCUAUUCUAAUGGCUGAUUGCUAUAGGUAUCCUGACCCUAUUCAUGGAACCAGAAACCCUACAUACAUGAAGAUGGUCCAAAACAUUCUAGGAGGUAUUCAAUACAAGUUUUGUGGAUUGGCUCAGUACACAAAUCUUGUGGGUUGUACCAUUGGUUACACCAUCACAGGAUCCAUUAGUAUGGUGGCCAUAAAAAAAUCGAAUUGCUUUCAUAAGGAAGGCCAUUUGGCGGACUGCAAGAUAUCCAACUAUAAAUUUAUGGCCAUCUUCGGAAUUGUUGAGAUUUUACUAAGCCUAAUUCCAGAUUUCCAUGAACUUUCAUGGCUCUCUAUUCUUGCUGCCGUCAUGUCUUUUGGUUAUGCUUCCAUAGGCAUCGGUCUCUCUAUUGCAAAAGUUGCAGAAAAAGGACACCAUGUCACGACAAGCGUUACGGGGAUUGCUGUUGGAGUGGAUGUGACAAGUACAGAGAAGAUGUGGAAUACCUUUCAAGCAAUUGGAAACAUAGCUUUUGCAUAUGCUUUUAGUAACGUAAUUGUUGAGAUACAAGAUACAUUAAAAUCAAGCCCACCGGAAAAUCAAGUCAUGAAGAAAUCAAAUUUGACUGGAAUUACAAUCACCACAUUCUUUUAUGCAUUAUGUGGUCUUGUAGGAUAUGCAGCAUUUGGAAACAAAGCACCAGGAAACUUUUUAACUGGAUUUGGUUUUUAUGAACCAUUCUGGCUUGUUGAUAUUGGUAAUCUUUUCAUCGUUAUUCACUUAGUGGGAGCCUACCAGGUAUUUGGACAACCUGUAUUUUCACUUGUGGAAAGUUGGGGUAAUAAACGUUGGCCACAAAGCAAACUGGUGACACAAGAAUAUUAUGUAAAAAUUCCAUUGGUUGGCACAUGGAGAAUGAACAUGUUCAGGGUGAUAUGGAGGACAUUAUAUGUGAUAUUCACAACAGUGAUUGCUAUGAUAUUUCCAUUCUUCAACAGCGUUGUGGGUUUGUUAGGAGCUAUUUCAUUCUUUCCUUUGACAGUGUACUUUCCAAUAGAGAUGUACUUGACACAAGCCAAAGUGCCCAAAUAUUCUUCUAUAUGGAUUGGAAUGAAAUUGCUAAGUUGGUUUUGUUUGAUUGUCACUCUUGUUGCUGCAGUUGGAUCAAUUGAAGGAAUUGUCACAGACCUCAAGACCUAUAAGCCCUUUCACUCUAGUUAAU